AUGGUGUUCAAGAACAGCAAUGAGGGUUUUAACACUAAUUCUAGAAAAUUACAACAAGCCUACCGCUCCGGCGGAAGUGGCGGCGAGUCCGUCCGGUCCGCCUUCCGGUCCACCGCCCGCCAAUUUCCGGCGGCGGGUGAGCGCGCGUCGCGUAACGACCUUCUGCGUGGAGUGUAGGCAGGCGGCGGCGGCGGCGUAUUGAUGGAGGCCUCGGCUUCUGGCCGGGCGUGGCGGACCUGGCGGCGGUCCCGGGCCUCGGGCUUCCCGCUCUCCCGAGCCGCCAUCCUCCUCUUCUCCGCCUUUCUUGUGCUGGCGCCCCCGUCAGUUGAAUAUUUGGUUCGAUUUCCAAGAACUUUUCGAUUGACCCAAGAGUCAGUGAAAAUAGUGGGAUCAUCACAUUUUCCAGUGAAAGUAUAUGUCAUGCUCCAUCAAAAGAGUCCACAUGUGCUAUGUGUAACCCAAGGACUGCGAAAUUCCGAACUGAUAGAUCCAUCAUUCCAAUGGCAUGGGCCGAAAGGAAAAAUUGUUUCAG